AGGAAUCAAAAUGGCUGCGCCCUUGGAAGUUCACAAAAAUAACAAUAACAUACAAUUCGUUACGUUUGAUAUAUCUUUAUGUAUACCACACUAGAUCUAGAUCUAGAUGUUGUUACGCGUACAGUAUUUUUAUGUGUUAAUAUAGAAUCUAGUAACUUAUUUCCUUGACUGUAUGAAAGUAGAUUUAAAUAAAAGGGGCCUAAUUGUUAAAAAUUAAAUCAAAAUUUAAAAAUUAGUUUUUUUUAGGCCCGCUUGCCGCUCACAAUCACAAGUGUGACUAGUCGAAAAAAAGUUUUAAUAAGAGUAGGGCCUAAAUAAUUUUGCAAGGUAUACAAUACAUCAGAACAGGGUUUUUCUAUGUUAAGUUUUUAGAUAAAAAUCCAAAAUUUUAACUAUUGGUCCUAGUCCUUAAACUGGAAGUCUUGGACUUGGACAGUCUUGUCUUGGCUUGGUAAAUCUAAAAUUCUAAAUUUAGCAGCAUUCUAUUGGGUAUUAAUUGGUGCUUAGGGCCUUAAUAAAUAUUUAUUUAGUCGUGUAUAUAUCUAUCUGUUGAAUGAGGUUCUUCAUCACUGCAUCGACACCAUCAAUCGACACAAGUUAAAUAAUAAAGGUUCUUCAAACAAGAAUAAUUAAAAAUGAAUGCUGCAAAAUAUCUUUUGGCCAAAGUGGAUCUGGUGUUUUCCAAGCACCUGCUGUUGAGUAAUGUUGUGACAUGUGGGGCUUUGAUGGGGGUAGGAGAUGCUCUUGUGCAAAGUAUGAAUAUUGUUCAAUCGGACAAACAGAAGCCUAUCAAAUUUGACUUUCCCCGUACAGGUAGAAUGAUACUCAUAGGGUUUUGUCUGGGCCCAUUUAAUCACUACUGGUAUGCCAUUCUUGACAAAGUGAUCAAAGGUACAUCAGGGAAAGCAGUUGUGCAAAAAAUUCUAUGUGAUCAAGUCAUUGCUGGGCCAUUUUUUUGUACAACUUUUCUUUUUGGUCUAAGUUUUCUAGAAGGAAAGGGGUUAGAAGAGUCCUAUAAAGAGUGGAAAAGCAAAUUUUUACAUAUAUACUUUGUAGAUUGGAUGUUUUGGCCUGCUGCACAAAGUGUCAACUUCAGAUUUGUACCUGGCCAGUUCCGUGUGGCCUAUGUGAGCUCUGCCACCCUUAUAUGGAACUCCAUGUUGUCAUACUUCAAACAUUCAGAUAUGGGUGAGUUUUUUAAUACCAUUCUAUCAUCAACAUUUACUUCACUGUUAUAUUCUACUGGAGUUUUCAGCCAUACUAAAUUCUAUCAGGUAAGUAGGAGUAAAAAAUAACAACUUACUGUACAUUUUAUAUAAGCUGACCAUCAUAUUCUUUUUUAUGAAAAUAGUGCUGUAACAUUUAAGUAACAUAUUACAGCAUAUUAAUCAUUGAUAUUCGUAACAAUGAUCUUAAAAAAUUAUAAAGAACAGUUAACAUCAAAGCUAACCACAGUACUACUUUAAAACCAUAUAACAGUAAACUUCAAUAUAAACCAUACAACCCAACCCAAAACCAAACUGAUAAUCCUGAGGUGAUACUAAACACGAGGUGUAAUAUUUAUAUUUGUAUUAUUCAAAAAAUCAUUCAAAAAAAGUUGUAAGUAAAGUAACUUUUAUUAACAUUUUAUUUGUGUGGUAAAAAUAUUUUCUUGAAUAGGAAGGAUUAUGUACAGGAUUUUGAUAAAUAGAGAUUAUGAAGCUAGAUGAUUUCUCUUUUUUAGAUUUAAAUCCAAAAUAUUGAAAGUUUAAGUCAUUUGUUUAAACUUAUAAAAGUAAAACAAGUAUACUAGUAUAUGCUAAUUGAAGCUUUAUCUUUUGUUGUCUAUAAGCUAACACAGUAACUGAUGGUAUAUUCCACAACAAUAUUGUAUAUCUAACACUUCAAGUACUACAUCAAAGUUUGUGUUAUAGAGUGUUAUAGACCAUAAUAUUUAUAAUAUUAGGCCUUUAAAAAGUGUUUGCAUAAACAUAUAACAGUAGACUAAUAUCUAACCUAUAAAAAAUUUUUUAAAUAAGCAACAAAACUAAUUCUUUUCAAAUCUUUUAGUUUACAAUAUUUAAAACAGAUACUUUUUAUAUAUGAAAUUAUCUUACAAAUAAACAUUGAAUAUAUCUAAAAAUGACGUUUUAAAUAAUCAUUUCUAAACUGCAUUGUUGAUAAUGAUAUUAGCAUAAUUUUAGCCUCAUUUAAUAAAAUCCAUAUAAUAUAAGUUACUUAUUAUGUCUAAAAAUUGCUAGGGUGUAAAUGACCAUUUCUUUUACAUAGCAAUCUGGAAAUAAAAAGGAAACAACCUAUAAGGUAAACACUUAUUUACAAAUACUUUUAAAUUCCUGCGUCAAUUCUGCCUGACAAUUCUAAAAUCUUUAGCACCAAUCAUUUGUCCAUACUUAUAUGGUACAAACAAAAAGUAACUGAAGUAAGAUUUGGCCUGAUUGAAUACUGAAGUAACAUUGUUUUUUUUUUUCUCAUAGAGAGGUAUAGAUGAAAAAGUAAUUAGAACCAAGGGCAAGUGACUGUUGUUGUCUCACCAUCAGUAUGCUGAUCAUUGAAACAGAUCAACUUGAGAAAUUCAUUUAGUAAAAAUUAAUUAGGUUUAAGAUUCUUUAAAGGGUUGUAUUUCAUGGAUGUAUACCACAACAAAUUGUAUUGUUAUCAAAUGACUUAGUGACUAUGUUGUAAAUUCUAGCAACAUAAUAGCAACAAUUUAUUUGGACAAUUUCUCAAAACUGGUUUGUCAUUUAGGAUAUGAAAUGUAUUCCCCAUUUUUAUUCAUGUUAUUGUAAAUAAUUUCCUUAGAGUAUUUUAUAAACUAGUUGCUUAUACCUUUUUUAAAUUAAUGGAAAAUUCACUAAACACGAUGCAUUAUAUUCUUAAUUUUCAUUCAUUUUUCUUUCAAAGAAGGCUUUUUAACAAUGUAUAUAGCAAAAAGAUGACAUAAUUUUAUGUGUAAAGUAUUAAUAAUGUCAAUAAUCUUCAUAUGUUUUUGUGUGGAUAUGCUGUUGUAUAUCAAAUAUCAGAAGCACAAAAUGAAUCGUCCAUCUAUUUAUAAUUUGCUGAAGUGUGAGAUUACUGAAGUAUAUGAAAUGUCCUAGUGAGUUAAGGU